AUGUUCCGUCGCAGGAGCUCUUCUCGCCAUCAACAUCCUGCUUGCGUGCAUGGUCACAGUCUGCUAUUAGCUGCUAGCUACGGCCUGCUAUCUUAUCGAGCUGGCUACACAUCGCUUUCUCUAAUUACUGACGUCGAGCAUUCUCACCAGCCCCUCAAUACGACCCCGUCCGCGUCCGCUCAGAGCGCUGCCUCCCAUGCCUAUCUGGCUCACCAAGCGUCCAGCAACAGCCUGUCCUCCGCCGCAGCGGCCGCCGCCCUUCGCAGCCAUACUCCCACCCCGACCUCCGUCGAAAAUGUCCAGACCAAACGCAUGCUGCAGCGGCAGUCGUCCACCUCGUCGCGUGCCAGCACGGGGAGCUUCUCUCGCGGCGGACACCAGCCUGGUCUCCAUCGAUCCAGCAGCUCCGGUUCCAUGACCACGAGGACCUUCCGAGAUCAAUCCCCUCGCCGGCCCAUGUCCAGCUCCGGCGAGUCGUCUGCUCCGCCCGUUCCUCCCCUGCCGCAGGGCUUCCCGCAACGCACCGCUUCUGAGCGACGGUCCUUGAGCGUACAACCGACGAUGCGGGCAAUGUCGCCGCCGACAAGACGUCCGUCCGCUCGCGGUGGCAGCCUGGAUCGAGGGCCCAGCAUAUACCCAGGUCAUCUGUCCCAACGCGGAGCCAGUCCACCGGUCAGGAAUUUGGCGGAGCAGGAUCGCCCGAGUAGCAGGACGUCGAUUAAUUUCUCUUACCCAAUGCAUGCACGGCCGAAUUCUCCACGCCAGUCCCCCUCAGUGCCCGACUCUCCGCGCAGCCAGCGAAGCGAGACAUCGUUGUCCCACCCGUUGUCUAUCCAAGAGGUUGCCGAGCAAAGCGUUGCACCCGGAGCUUUGGAAGGAAGUCAUUUGACCAGAAAGACAACCGGAGGCCAUCCUACCGGGACAGCCCUGGAACCCGGUUUCAAUUUCGACUCACCCACAGAGAAAGUGGAGACGGCGGUGACUCAAUUCAACGCGUACAGUCCCUCUUCGGAGAUCAGAUCCAUGCAUGGAGAGUCGCAUUUUCAGGAAGAACCGUCUCCAGGCUCUCCUAGGGAACAGGACGUCGGACAGAGUCAGGCAGAUAUUGAUGGUGCGUCGGAAUACGCUGGUGAGUACGACAACGUCACGCAGCCGUCCACACCGCGGCCGCGACCCAAGAAGCGACCAUCCACGGUCAUGGAGGACCACGAAGGCGAGGAACGUGCGGGAGCGGCGGAUAACACGGGAGACGAUACCGGUCGAGGUCUGCCCGAUCAUGUUGUGCCCACUGUCGCUGUCCCGGAAUCUGGAGAAAUCCGUUCGGGCCAUGCCCCUCUGCGCGAGCCUGUUCGUCUCCUGCCGGCUCCAGUGAUGGACAGCAGAAGUGCAUCACCAGUGCAACAGUCCCCUUCUUCUCCCUCGUCUCCUUCAUCUCCCUCAUCUCCCUCCGCGGGUAGGCUAUCGGCUGAACGCGGAGGUGAACAACAACGGCUGGGCAGACAGCCAUCCAUCAGUCCCAAUCGGUCGACUCGUUUCUCAACCCAACUGACGGUGACGGGUCCUGGCGCACCAUUGCACGAGCCUCCCCCACGAUCCGUGUCACCGGCAAAGUCAGCUUUGAAGAAUCCGUCGCAGCCGUCCCUAUCGCCAGAUCGACGUGGUAACACCGCCCUUCGAACAGCACAGGCAGCGGGCGAAAUUUCUGACGGGAUCUCUGUAGCUUCGGAUGACGGAUCACGGUCAGGAUCGAGGAAGAAGAUCGCCAAGGUCAGCUUUGACGAUGAGGCUGAGAUCGUCGGUGUCGCCGCCAGUCCACCAACCUCUCUUGACUCACCCAUCGCACCGCCCAGCCCUUCUGAAAAGAACAAGACGAAGACGCACUGGUUUACCUUUGGCAAGAAGAACUCCGGUUUGAAGGAAUUCUGCGACGAGGAGUUUGAAUCAGUCCUCAAACCCAGACCAGCGCUUCCGUCCUUUGGCAGUAUUCGAGGCAACAGGGAAGUUAGCGAGUUGCCAGCCGCCGAACCUGUCAGUGACAACGAAUCGACCGUGUCGUCGUCCUUGGGCAACUUGGACUCUGUGAGGAUCCCCGUGUCCAGCGACCACAGUACCGGCGGAAUCCUCGCCAAUGCUAAGGAUGAGAAGCAUCCGCGUGCUCAUUCGACCCCAUUGAAUGAACCGCUCCCUCCACAAGUGACUUCGGUUGAGGGGACCGGUCAUGAGUCGGACUCGGAAGAGAACCGACCUGUCACCGAGGAGGUCGGAACGCAGCCUCCCCCGACUGCUCAAGAAGAGAAAGCAGCCAUUGCCGCUAGAUCCAUCUUCUCAUCUUCCAAUGACCCUGAAACUGCGGCUUCAGAAUUGACCAAAGAAUCUACAGCACAGAAACCUCUUUCAGAGCCCAUCCCCGUGAUUGAGAUUCAACCAGCGACACCGGCGCUUGAGGACAAGCGGGCGAGUCUCGAUUUGCAACGGAUGCCUGGAUGUUUCCCGUCAUCUUCUGACCCAGCAGAUAAUCGGUCUGUAACUAAUGAAAGGGAGGCGGUGCAGCCGUCGCGUGGCGGAUCUUCCGAGACUCCCCAAACCUCUAACGACACGUCCGGUGAGGCCAGUGACAGCUCAGAGUCCGGAGACAGCAUUUACAGCGAUGCCGCUGAGGAUCCAGCCGAACUGGAAGGUGGCGGCUUCGGUUCAAUCAAUGCGAUUGUGCACAGCCCAAUGCCCGUCCAGACUGGACUGCCUAUGCAACCUCCCGACAGUCCCGCUCGACUGCAUGCCCAGAAGAUUGCAGGCGUUGCUGCUGCGGAACCCAGGGUGUCUUCUGCUGCUCAACGUCAUCCAGCUGCCGACAAGACGCCAGCAGAUUCGGCGCCAGAAAUCAGGAAACCAGCGCCCAAACGUGUUGAUACCGUUUCCGGAGAACGGGGAGACCUUUCACCCACCGAAAAGACCUCUAUAAAAGAACCAGAACUCGGUUUCGAUUCUCCUUAUCCGCCUUGGCCGCUGAAGCCCAAGUCGCCCUCACCAACACGUAUCCCUGCUGAUCCGAAAAACAUGAGAUCUGUGUCCACAGGGCCGCGUGAAGGCUCGCACCUGCGGAGGCCUUUGGAAGGUUCUGAGAAUCAAAGGAUGAAUUCAAUGAACAGACACUCCGCGGCAGCAUCUCGCGUCUCUUCUGUUCCGCCGAGUCAAAAGCGUACCAUGUCUCCCAGUCUCCCUCAAAACAGAAACGCUGCAGCGAUGGCUCCAGAUCAGAAAGCGCCCCUGCAGUCGGUAGGGUUAUCUGGCAGUCUUGGCAGGACGAGGUCCAACGAUACUGAUUCGUCCAGCAGCUUUAAGCGUUCUCAACGUGUCUCCCCAUCCGACAGUCAGGUCACGAUGAAACGAACUCUGCGGGGAGGGGAGACAAGAAGUCUGUCAACGGCAAAUGGUCCGAUUGCAAGACCAAUGUCCCCGCGAGCGUCAACGAUGCGGACUACUCUGCGUGGACCUGGGUCUUCUCAGCAAUCAUCGAUUUUCGCCAGUCUCAACAAGAGGUCGCGAUCGCUGUCACGGUCACGGCCAAAGACCUUAUCGGCCUCAUUCCGAUCCCGCUUUCUGGAUUCGGACGAGGAAGCCGACGAAGGUCGUCCGCGGAGAUUUUAUAGCCGAUUUGCAGAUUCGAGUGAUGAGGACGAGCCAUUAUCUGCCCAAUUCCGUCCUGUUCGGGGUAUCCCCCGGCGAGGCGUAAACGACGGUGACUCCACCGAUCUGGAGGACAGUUCCGAUGAGGAAGGCAACCAAGCAGGCCGACCUGAUCGAGAUGAGCCUCAGCCAGGCUCACGAAUGACCCAGGAUGAACUGGAACAGUAUCUCUCUCAGCCGAAAAAGAGAGGACUUUUGGCCCGGCUCACUUCGACGAGGAGGAAAAACCGAUUCAAGGACGGCAAGGUCCGCAAGUCGGAUCUUGACAGUCCGGCCAGAAGAGACACGCCAUUGGAGCGGUCGCGGGUGGAACUCGAGCAGAUGAAAGAGGACGGCUAUUUUCUGAACGGUUAUGCUGCGCAUACGGUCACUACAGUCACGUCCAACCCUCGAUCGGCGUCUCCCAAGCUCCAGAAGAGGAGGACGGGAGAAUUCCCUCAUAACGACGCAUCCUGGCCUUUGAAAGAGGCAGGUCCGUCGGAUGCUCCUCAAGGUCCGACAGGCACAAACGACCAGACGUCAUUGCCAGAUGGUAAUAAUAAUGCGGACCGGCCGCAGACAUCGGACGGAGUUGUCAAUCGCGAUGACGUCAACGGGGCACAAGCUGGCCCAGCCGAAGAUGGUGGCGGCGGAUGGUCGACACGCUUCCCCAAAUUCCCCGGCCGUCGGGACACCAACAGCAGCAACGGCGGCACCGUAACGUCGAAGACAUCGUCCGACGUGGUCGUUGGCAGGAACGGCCGCAAGAAACGAUUUCCUCUGUUGAGGAAAGCCUUCGGGCUGCGUGACUGA